GCUCCGACCUCAACUGCAUGGAAAACCAAAAGCAUCUCCACAACCUCAAUGAAGCCCAACAUUCCGCGGGACCCGGCAGUGGAAAGACGAGAACUCUAACCUGCAGGAUUGCACACCUCAUAAAUGUGCACAAGAUAGAUCCUUCUCAAAUAGUGGCUGUUACCUUCACAAACAAAGCUGCAAAUGAGCUGCGUGUUCGACUAGAGUCAUUGAUAGGAGAGGCAGCAGUCUCAUCUCUCGUUCUCGAUGAAACUAAGAAGCUGAUUGCCGCUAUCCUGAAAGAAGUCGUCUCGACCGAAGAAUCACACUCGUCAAAUGGGAAGAAGGCUGAAAUCAAGGAUUCUUUUGCAGCAGAUAUUAUCUCAAAAGCAAAAUCCAAGGGUCUUACGCCUGAACAGCUUUACGCAAAAGCCAUGAGGGACCAGACCGCAAAACGCAUGUUACCGAAAGGAGAGAUAGACCCAAGCACCGCACUCGAUAUCUUUCCAAUAUAUUCUAGAUAUGUCGAAGAGUGCCAAAAGAAUAACGCUCUUGACUUUGAUGACCUCUUGACGUAUGGCGCGAAACUUCUGAAAGCCAAACCAGAUUGCAUUGACUGUCGCCACAUACUCGUCGAUGAAUUUCAAGAUACAAACACUACUCAGUUUCAACUCAUGACACUGUUUGCUGCACGUCAUGGUAAUAUCAGCAUUGUGGGAGACCCUGAUCAAUCAAAAAUCGAGAACCUGGCUAGAAUGAUUACCUUGUUCCCAAAGACAAGGCAGAUAUGUCUUGAAGACAAUUAUCGCAGCACUGGGGCUAUACUGGCGGCAUCAAUGGCAAUCAUAGAAGAAG